AAAGCAGAGAGCCGUGGACUGCCAGGCCACGGAAUCCCGGAGCAGAUGGACCGUGACGGAUCCUAAAAACACCGACUAAAAUCAGCACCACCGCCUGGAUUGAUAACAAGGAGCAACGUGGGGAAUAAAGGAAGAUUGAAACUGGAUAAUAACCGUUUGUAUCGGAGCUUUUAAUCGGGGUAAAAGGCGCAUAAGUGGCCGGGCCUUUCCCCCCAAAAUGGCUGACACAGAAGUUUCCUUAUCCCCCGCUCUCCAACCGCUCCACAUUAGCCCCGCCCACUCCGUCCAACCAACCCUUCCAACCUCCUCUUCUCCCACCACCUUCUCCUGUCCCUCCUCGCCCUCCAGUGCCUCAUCUUCCUCCUCUUCCUCCUCGUCCUCCUCCUCCUGCUCUGAGAGCUCCUCAGACUGCCCCAACCACCACCACCAUCAUCACCACCACCAUCAUCCACGACCUCAGCUCCAGCUGCCCCCACCCCCCCUCAGCGAGCAGCCGUCCUCUCCCAGCGCCAGCCCUCGCAGCUCCAGCCCCAGCGGCAGCAUCUGCAGCACCGGCAGCCUGGGCAGCAGCAGCGAAGGCAUCGGCAGCAGCGGCAUGUCGAGUGGCGGCGAGCAGCGAGGUCCCAGUCCGCUGCUGGACGUCAUCUCGGAGGACGCCAUGGAGAUGGACCUGGGAGUUGAUCAAGUGAUCGAUCCAGAAGUGGCUCUUAAGGCUUGUCAGGAAGUGCUUCUUAAAGUGAAGCUUCUGGACAAUAAACAGCAGCAAGACGACCAGAAACAGCAGCAGCAGUGUGUGGAGACGGCAGAAUGCUGCAAUCCGCAGUGGAACAUCAACCCAGACACCAGCUCCAUCAAAGAGGAGGAAGAGGAGGAGGAGGAGGAGGAGGAAGCUGCUGUCCUCAAGGAGCUCCCUCCUGCAGCGCCAUCAGGGUCUCCUUCACCGUCCUCUUCCAAACAGUCAUGGCUCCUUCGCCUGUUUGAGUCCAAAUUGUUUGACGUUUCCAUGGCGAUCUCCUACCUGUAUAAGUCCAAGGAGCCUGGAGUGCAAGCGUACAUCGGGAACCGCCUCUUCAGCUUCCCGGACGGUGAGGUGGACUUCUACCUGCCGCAGCUCCUGAACAUGUACGUUCACAUGGACACGGAGGUGGGAGACGCCAUCAGACCGUACCUGAUCCAUCGCUGCAGAUCCAGCAUCACCUUCUCUCUGCUGUCAGCCUGGCUUCUUGGCGCCUACUCCUCAGACAUGCACAUCUCCACCCAGCGCCACUCCAGAGGCACCAAACUCAGAAAGCUCAUCCUGUCAGAUGACCUGAAGCCUCAGUCCGAGGAGCCUCGAUCGCUUUCAGGAUCUGUUUCCGACAGCCCGCUGUCCUCGCCGCCUCAUCAGCACCGCAGGCACAACAGCACCAACAUGGAUGCCUGCACCUCCGCUUCCUUUAUAGCCGGCCCCAACCCGGACAGCGCCGACCAGGGGGAGGUGUUUGUCUCGCCAUCCAGGAGAACCCACCAGAGAUCCAAGUCAGAUGCCACCUUGGCCAGCGGCUUCCCCGGCGCCAGUCUCAGACGAACAGGGAGCAACCCGAAGGUUGAGUCGGUCCAUGAGGAGCCAGAGCGUCUCCGUCCUCAGAGGGAGUUUGUAAAGUCUCUGUUCUGCAUCGGAAAACGUUUGGCCACGCUGCCCACUAAAGAGCAGAAGACACAGCGCCUGAUCUCAGAGCUGUCUCUGCUCAACCACAAGCUGCCGGCUCGAGUUUGGUUACCCACAGCUGAGCACCAGCACCAUGUCUGCAGGGUCCCCCACACCCAAGCUGUUGUCCUCAACUCCAAGGACAAGGCUCCCUACAUCAUUUACGUCGAGGUGCUGGAGUGCGUCAGCUUUGAGACGUCUCACGUUCCGGUGCGGAUCCCAGAGACCAGGAUCCGCUCAGCACGCUCUGCAGAGAACCUGGACUGUGGCACACCGGCUAACGGCAGCAGUAUGACCUCUGAGCACAGAGCUGGAAGUUUCUCCACCGUCCCCAACUACGACAAUGACGACGAGGCCUGGGCCACAGACGACAUUGGACAGCUACAGGUGGAGGGGGAGGCUCAGACCAGCAGCAGUGACAACAUCAGCCAGUUUUCAGUCGACAGCAUCACAAGUCUGGAGAGCAAAGAGCCAGUUUUCAUCGCUGCCGGAGACAUCAGGCGGCGUCUGUCAGAGAACCUCGCUCAGACACCUACCACGUUCAGGAGAGACCCAGAAGACCCUUCCGCCGUCGCCCUCAAAGAACCCUGGGAGGAGAAAGUCAGGCGGAUCAGAGAAGGCUCCCCCUACGGUCACCUGCCCAACUGGAGGCUCCUGUCGGUCAUCGUAAAAUGUGGAGACGAUCUGAGACAGGAGCUGCUGGCCUAUCAGUUCCUCAAACAGCUCCAGUCCAUCUGGCAGCAGGAGAGGGUUCCUCUGUGGAUCAAACCUUACAAGAUCCUAGUGAUGUCCUCAGACAGCGGGAUGAUUGAGCCGGUCCUCAACGCAGUCUCUCUGCACCAGGUGAGAAAACAGAGUCAGCUGUCACUGCUGGACUACUUCCUGCAGGAACACGGCAGCUUCACCACUGAGGCGUUCCUCACAGCCCAGAGGAACUUUGUUCAGAGCUGCGCUGGAUACAGCCUCAUCUGCUACCUGCUGCAGGUCAAGGACAGACACAACGGGAACAUCCUGUUGGACUCUGAAGGCCACAUCAUCCACAUCGACUUCGGCUUCAUUCUCUCCAGCUCUCCACGUAACCUCGGCUUCGAGACGUCAGCCUUUAAGCUCACGUCUGAGUUUGUAGAUGUGAUGGGCGGCCUUGAUGGAGACAUGUUCAUCUACUACAAGAUGCUGAUGCUGCAGGGUUUGAUUGCAGCCAGAAAGCACAUGGAGAAGGUGCUGCAGAUAGUUGAGAUCAUGCAGCAAGGUUCCCACCUGCCCUGUUUCCAUGGCUCCAGCACCAUCCGGAGCCUGAAGGAGCGUUUCCACAUGUCCCUGACGGAGGAGCAGCUCCAGCUGCUGGUGGAGCAGCUGGUGGAUGGCUCCAUGCGCUCCAUCACCACAAAACUCUACGACUCUUUCCAGUACGUGACCAACGGCAUCAUGUGACCUGUGACGCAGAAAAACCUCAAACACUGCCGGGUUCUCCAGGUGGUUAGGAGUCUGGUACCUACUGGAUUUAUUGUCUUUGGAUUUUUUGAUUCUUUUGGAAUCGGAUGGAUCUGAUCUGGAUUUGUUCGGAUCUUGGGAAAGGCAGAAUCUGGAACUUAUUCAGAUCCCAAACACUAAGCCUAACGCGGGGAGGGGGGGCAUCAGAUAUGCAUUUACCACGCUGCUGCCAGAUGACUGGAAUAAUCUUGGACGUAAACCACUUCUACUAGACUGGACUCUAAACCAGCACCCAGCUGCUGGUUUUGGUGUCUGGAUCAGUUUAAGGUUUUAAAGCAGAUGCUGUGAAACUAUUUGGUGAGACUGAAAUCAAUAUUUCAUCAUGAAGGAUUUAGUCAUUUAUUUUCAGGAACUUUAUUGAUCUUCAAAAUGUAGUAUGACAAAAGUGUCAUUUUCUCCAGUUUUUACUCUUAAAUCAUCACAUAAUGAAUCUGUUAUUCACUAAACUCAUCCGCAGCUGAGCUUAUGAGAUUUACGACUGAAAGGUUGAUCUGCUUGUUCUUAUUCUGAACGGCUAAUCUGCUGAUCUGGAAAUGUUUCAAGUGCUUUACAACAUAACACAUCUAUAAAUUAUAUCAACAGAUUUAAUGGCUGCAAAACAAAACAAAGGGGUUGAAAUACAUUUUUCUAGCCUUAAAUAUUCAGAAGUCAUCAAAAUGACCCAAAAAGAGCAAGAUUUUGACUGCAGUUUGUUAUAUUUUGCAAGCUAUUGGACCAAGCAGCCGUUAUCAGAUCAACCCUCUGAGAAGUGGUGAAACUUUUGGAUUUAUUCUCGUCGUACCUCUUCAGUCCCCAAAAAACUCACAAGACUGCAGCCGGUUCACGCUGGCCCUUGUUUAUCAAAGUCCAACCAUGACUGGGCGCUAAACACCAGCAAGGACGUUUGUGGCAUCUUCUAGUGACCGAGGGAAUGAAUCGGUAUUUUAGGUUGUUCUUAAAGAACAGGAACACUAAAGCACAUCCUGGGCUGACGGUUGUUGUCGUUUUUCUGGAUUCGUUCUCUGGAUAAGCAGAGGUGAAGGUUGAGAGAUGGAAAAGAAACGUUAAUAUGUUUUGUCUCGGUGUGUGGGAGUUGUUUGGUAUCCGCAGGAUUCCUCACAUAUGGUAUUUGCUUCACCAGACGGUUUUCACAACUAUAAAAUCAGCUGCUGAUUGAAAGUUGAAGUUUAAUUUGUGCAAAAGUGAAUCGCCUGCUUGAGAUUAAAGACUUAAAAUCGGUAACUGAUCCUUGUUUGGUGUUAUUAUUCCUCAUUGCCAAAUAUAGAAUAGCAUCGCACUGCAGAUACAUUUUUUUUUAUUUAAAAUAUUAAAAUCAGAUUGUGUAUAAAGAUGGACGUGGCCAACAGAGGAUGACCAGUUUAAGAGGGAAGCUACAGCUUAUGAAACAGCCAGCAGAGGGCGACCUAUUAACAGGCAAAAUGUUUUGGUGGACUAAAUCAAUGUACUCCAAAUGUCUGAUUCAUUUUGAUGGAAAUCUUUAUCAAAAAUCGGUAUUAGCUUUAGAUUAAAGCUGAUAAACAACCUGAACGGUUUUACUGAUCAAAGUUGAGGUUUGAUUUUUCAAUAAACACCAUGCAUCGCUUACUUUGUAGAUGUGAUUACUGUCUGGUGAAAAAGCUUUUAAUGUUUGUUCGACGUUGGUCCAAACCAAAUUUCAGAAGGAUAUUGUACUUUUUUUUCUUCUUAUAUAUAUAUAUUUUUUUGUUUUGCACAUAAGAUGCUAAUAUUAGCAAAAAAUCUUAAGCAUUGACUGAAAAGAAAAGAUACACGGUUAAACUGUCUUGAUUGUGUUUGCUUUAGCCUAAAGGUCGCUAACCAGUUGUGCUUCAUUGUAAACAUCACUGUCGAUGGAUAUGUUGUGUUACUGUUACAUAAGUGUGUUAUAUUUGUAAAUUAACACUUAACAUUCUCCCUCUUGAUUGGUUCCAACACAUUCCUUUUAACUGAUGCUGACCAAUCAGGAGCCUCCGCUCAGCAGUUUAGGCUAACGAGGAACCAAAGGUCUUUCACAGUUAUUUUGUUAGAGACAAGUAAUGAUGUUUUUGUUUUGCUUUUUCUAAACAUGUUAAAGUGUUUUAUUUCUUCCAAAUAACUGUUCUUGAAAAUAUGGCGAUAUUUUUUUCAGUGUUGACAAGAAGAAACAGGUUUGGAUUUUAAAACCUAUCCAGGUUGUUUCUAAUGUUACACUUUGCACUGGCUUUAUUCCAGAAUCCCAAACAUAAGUAUUAACACAAUAUUUAUACAUGAAAUUUCAUCAUGUUAAAGUAUUUGUUUGUCUUAUCACACUAUAUAUGAGUACUUACUAACGUCAUUAACAAUUUAAGAAAUCAAUUGUCAUGCUAACAAAUUUUGGGCUUUGUUUGAAAAUUUGUCUCGUUCGCUAUAAACAGAGCAGCUUCAACAAGCUACUCAAAAAGUCAAGAAUAUUUCAAUUAACUUGUCACAUCAAAAAUAAAAAAAUUAUAGUACAUUCCUGCCCCCCAUUUUUUUCCCCCCAUUAACAACCCAAUCCCCAUAUGUAACUAUUGUCAUUUUAUAUAUAUAAAAAAAAAAAAAACAAUAAAGAUAAAUUAUCAUAAAAAUACAAAAAUUUUGAAAAUACAUUUCAUUAAUUGGUUUCAAAAUGAGUAGAAUCCAUAUAAAACAAAGUCCUAUAUACAUGUUUAGGUGUAUUUAGAAAAACAUCAAAUCUGCCAAAUUUUAAAUCUACAUUCCUUUUUUUUUUUUAAACAAAGCCUAAAACAUGUUAGCAUGUUAGCUAGCCGUCUGCCCCGGUCUGAAUCGUAGUCAUAAAACGGCUCAGCGUUUCUCAAAACAAUUUGAAUAAUUUGGUUUAAUAUUGUAGAAAUCAAAGUCUCUUUUUACAGACGAGCUAAUAAGCAUAAACUAGCGCAGUCGUUAGCAGUACCGUUUCCUUCAGUUAUUUAUGGAUAAUUUAAAUAACUGAACAUGUUUUCUUAUGUUUUCACUACGCCUUUUUUUUAUUCCAAACAAGAUAAUCGAACUGUUCCCGUUCUAUUUUAUCUUUGUCAGGUUAGCAUAUGGCUAAUGCUAAAUUGCUAGCAAGUUAAAGUCAAUUGGACACCAAACAUAUUUGCUAAUUUUUACAUUGUAACGACUUAAUCUUUAAACAGAAACAUUAAUAAACUGGUGAAAUUCUUGUUAGUUUGGUAACUCUGAUAGUAAAAGGAAGAAAAGUUAGAAAUGUUACUUUUGGCGGGAAAAUGUAUGUACAGAUCCCAUUUAUACAUUUUAUUUGUGCAAAUAUUUUACAGAAAUAAUCUGGCCUGCUGUUUGAAGCAAAGAAAACAUCCUUUUGCGGGAAUAAAGCCAAUCUCUGAAGGUGCUGAGGAGCCACUAAUAUUUCAGUUUCUGAAUUUUUUUGGUUACUUUGUUGGUUUAACCACUAUCGAGGAAAAAAAAGCACAGACCUGCUGUGAAAGAAGCAUCUUGUUACCUUCUGCUAACAUUAAGCCUCUUACUUUAUACACAGCUGUGACUAAAGUUUACCAGAUAAGCAACUGAAAUAGCAAACAGUCUUUUGUGUGUCUUUUUUUGUGUGAAUAUGUAUGUUUUCAUGUAAAAAUAAGAUUUAAAAAAAGAUGCCUUGAUAUGUACAGAUUAUACAAACUUAUCAAUGCAACCAGAGGGACGAACGUUGUUUUUGUUGCCCCUCAGAAGUGCUUUUAUAUUAGAUAUCUGAACAUAUCGGGGCAAGUUUUAUGCACCAAUGUAGUGAAACUUUUCCCGAUACUAAAAACCUUUCAUUGCCUUCUUUGAUCUUUUCAUCAGCUCUCAAAUGUCUGCAUUUUAAAUGUGAAAAAACUCUUUAAGUGCAUUUAUUCUAAAUGUUUUGUUGUUUGAGAGGAUUUCUUGUUUCUUUCAUCCAUGUCACUAAAUAUAUUAAAGACAUCAAAGUUGAA